CUUCAACUUCCCACCAGACACAUUCACCAUGGCCAGCGCAAUCAAAGCUAAUUGCAGAAAAGUCAUCUGCAUCGGUCGCAACUAUGCUGACCACAUCACCGAGCUGAACAACACCAAGCCCAAACAGCCCUUCUUCUUCCUCAAGCCCGCCUCCUCCAUUCUAUGCCCUAGAGAAGGCCCCGUGCUGCGCCCGCGCGGCACCAAACUCCACUACGAGGUGGAAUUGGCGCUCGUCAUGGGCCGCACCGUUCGGGAUUUGGACCCGAACGAUGAGAAGGGCGCAAUGGAUGCGAUUCGAAGCUACCUCCUCUCAAUCGACAUGACAGCUCGCAACGUCCAGGACGAAGCCAAAAAGAAGGGUCUCCCCUGGACAAUCGCCAAAGGCUUCGACACCUUCCUACCCGUGUCGAACGAGAUUCCGAAAUCGCGCCUUCCGAACCCGCACGAUGCCUUCUUGCGGCUGAGCAUCGGCGAGCAGGCGCGCCAGGCGGACUCGACGGGCUUGAUGCUCUAUCGCAUUCCGCGCCUGCUGGCGGAGAUCUCGCGCGUGAUGACGUUGGAGAAGGAUGAUAUUGUGCUCACGGGGACGCCUAAAGGGGUGGGAGAGGUUAAGGCGGGGGAUGUCAUGAGGGCGUCGAUUGAGGUGGGGGGGCAGGAGAUUGAGGAGGGGAGGAUUGAGGUUCAGGUUGAGGAUAGGGAGGGGAGGUAUUUUUAUAGUGAGACCUAG